UAUCAUUCUACAUGGGGAUUCUAGGUACAGAACUGGCUUUAGAGAAAACAUUUUCAAAUACCAACAUCUAUAGCUGUACUUUGGACUCUUAUUCACUAUAAAAACAGAAAAUAGCCAAUAACAGUUUCAUUAACGAAAAACGUUUAAAACAGAAAAAAGGUUCCAGCUGUUGAGGAGUUCCACAAGGUACAGUGCUAAAGCUAUUGGGGUCAAUAUGGCCUCACAUUGGGAAGAUUUUUAUUCACAACAUCUACCUCCAAGCGAUUUUGAGGACAAUCGGACGUUACUAAAAGAAUUUUGUGAGAGACACAACAAUUCUGGGGAGAGAAUAGCCCUAAUCACUGUAAGUAUGCCCCUUUAGAAAAAUUGAGGUUAUGUAUGAUCGUUUAAUUUGCCUCAUAAUCUUUUUAUUGAACGACUAGGGCUAUUUCUUACAUACUACGGUUCAUAUUAGAGCCAUUCUUCACCAAAAACAACAUUUAGUAAUCCCUACCAUAGUCUACUUUGAAUGGCUCAUUUUCAUUUAUUGAAGUACUCAAAAAUGCUUAUAUGGAACUCUGUGACUGAUUCUUUGGAUAAUUUAUGGUUAUAUAAGUACUUAUUUCCGGAAUUUUCAGUCGGGAGGUACAACAGUGCCUUUGGAACAUAACACAGUGAGGUUCGUAGACAAUUUUAGUGCAGGCCUUAGAGGUGCUGCAUCUGCAGAAUAUUUCCUUGACCAUGGUUAUGUCGUGAUAUUUAUGUUUCGAUUAAAAUCAUUAGAACCAUUUACUAGACAUUUCAGUGGGCAAAAGUUCAUGGACAUGCUGGAACUAAAUGAUAGAGGACCAAAUACCACAAUAACUGGUAAAAACUCACAGUUUUGCCAUAAAUAGAUACAUCUUGACUGUAUUAAAUUUGGAUUUUAGUGAAACCAGAUAGUGUAGAUAUUCUAGCACCAAUCCUAGCAAGAUAUAAGGUAGCUCAAGAGGGUGGAAGAAUAUUGUACAUAAAUUUUACAACUGUCCAAGAUUAUUUCUGGUUAUUGAGAGCUGCAUGUGAAUGUCUGGCACCUUGUGGAUCAAAGGCACUCCUUUAUUUGGCAGCAGCAGUGUCAGAUUUUUACAUACCUUCAAAUGAAAUGCCAACACACAAGAUUCAGUCUGAUGGUGGACCUCCAAUCAUAAAUUUACAAUUGGUACCCAAACUCCUAGCGCCUUUGGUAAAUCUUUGGGUUCCUCAAGCAUAUGUUGUUUCUUUCAAGCUAGAAACAGAUGAAAAUCUACUGGUUUCUAAAGCUAGGGAUGCACUGAAGAAGUAUAAACACAAGCUGGUAAUUGCAAAUUUACUCCAGACUAGGAGGCACAAAGUGACAUUUGUGACAAUAGAUGAUAGUUUUGAGAUAUCUCUGACUAGAGAUCAAACGUUAAGUGGUAUUGAAAUUGAAGAUAUAAUCGUUUCCAAUGUGGUUUUGCAUCAUACGGAUUUUAUUCACUGUGAUCAGUAUUGAUACAUACAUUUCCAUGAUUUAGCAAAUGGCGUGCGUGCAGUUACAGUCAACAGGUAUAUCAGCCGCUUAGCAGAAGGUAACUGAUCAUCUUCUCUAAACAUUUGACUAUAACUGAAAGCAUGCGUUUAUUUUAUUAAAAAUAAUAUAUAGAUAAUCAUUUCUAUCAGGGUAAUAUAGGUAUUCUGCCAAUAGAUAGUAUGGUCCUUGUAUGUUCCAUUCGAGUCUCUCUACUUUUUUAUCGUAUAUUCUUUUUUCAUUUUUUUAGAAAAGCGCUGACAGAAAAUAGUGAAUAAAUAUAUUUUAUUGUUGACACUAUAUUCCGACGUCCAAAAAAGUGCAUAGGUAUUUUGGUUCCGCCACUGUUUCAUAGAUGGCGUUAGCUAUAACUUGACUUGAUUUUUUUGAGAGGAUCCCAAAUUUACUCAAUUGUGCACUGAAAUACUUCCGUGGCAUAUUGCAAAUUACAUACAAGGACUUGGAUAGAUAUGGAAUUUUAAUGUAUAUGAACAUGAUUGAUGUUAUAUGUUAAAAUGUAGAUUAUGUAUCAUGUUAUAUAGUUUGAUGUAAUCCGAAUUUUAUUUCCAAUUAUUCACUUAUAGUAUCUAAUACAUAAUUAUAUACCUGUAUUUAAAGAUGUUUGAUGUGAACGAAUAUUUUUGAGCGUGCAAGGAUUAUUAUAUAAUGUAUAUCAUGAAAUGUGCAUUUAUGUAGUUUAAGGCUAAUGUGUAAAUUUAUAUUAUAUAGUAAUGUUAUAGAAAGAAGACUCUCCCGGGGUUAUAUAUACAUGUAUGUUCCCGAUUCUCUAAAAUUCCAAAACAUAUCUGAUGGUCUAUCCAAUAUUUUUAAUAAAAACUCUAACCUAUGGCCUUUUUAAAUUUGACCAAAAUGUAGAGCUUUGUUUUUCUCAAUGUCUGUAACUGUAAUGGCAAAAAUGUGUAGAUGAAAUUUUAGUAUGUUUAUUAUUUUCUUAAAUGGGACCAUGCAAUUUAGAAUUUUGUUGGACCUAAAAAAUGCUGGUAUCCACUUAUCCAACAAAGUUAUGUUUGUAGCAUUGCACUAGAACAGAAUUUCAUUUGUAGCAUUUGUACAAUAAAUUCAAAAUUCUUUCAGAAUUAAAUUUUGUAUAUAUAUCAUGCCUACUCUACCUGUAGUAGGGCUUUGAUCUUACAUGGUAUGGAAAUAUCUAAGCACAAAAGUAUUGAGAUUUUCGUUUCCUCAAGAUUGUUUCUACGCGACAAUACAAAUUAAGAACUUACUAUGCUAUUAAUUUGUCAUCAAAGUCUUUUGGUUAAAAGUGAUUUUUGAAAUAUUAUUUUUUAUAAAACUCAAUAUGAGUGCCAAGGGUCUUAUACAAGCUUCACUUUGGACUAUUAAUCAGCACACUUAUCACACAAACAUAGAUGCUAUAAAUAUACGGAAAAAUUCACGUAUAUUUGUACAGAUAGAUAAAUGGUAUAAACCUGUUAUCAUUUUUAUACAUUUUCCCCAAAAAUUGAUUAGAACCAGAACUAUUCCUAAGGCUGUAAACUUUUUUAAAAGGUAGCUAAAGCUCGACUUUCUUUUCAUAUUAUAUUUAGUGUCUUUCGCAACUGUUGCCUUGCACAAAUUUUUAUUUUGUUUUUCCUUGCAAACCUUAUAAUGUGGAAAAUAUAUGUUUCGAAACUGC